AUGUCGGUAGUGGACCUUGCGACGUGUCCUCCACCCACGAUGGACCGACUCAAACUUCCAAUACCAUUGCUCCAGCUACCCAUCUCCUUCCUUUUACCGUUUCAUCCCUAUCUUCUACUCUCCACCGCCUUUUCACCUAAUAUCGAUGUCUCCGCCGCUAACUUCCCACAUAUGCAAUCGGUUUACCAAGGUCCUGGUGGAAGUGGAGUGUCGCAUGUUGAGGAUUCAAGUGAGCUUAAGAACGGAUUUGCUCCACUGAAUCAGAUUUUUUGUUUGUUUCGUUUCGUUGCAGAUUUAAUGAAGAUUUCAACACUUCAAACUUCUGUUUUAAAUUACCUUUCAGUAAACCCAGACAACAAAGCUUACUUCAAAUCAAGAUUUAGAGUGGUAUCAGCCACUUGGUCAGGAAGAGGAAUGAACAAAAACCCAUUCAUUAGAAUCAAGAAGCACAAGGAUUUGGAGGAGUCAUUUGAGAAUCCUCGGGGUCAAGGUUAUGGCCAUGGAGAUCUUGAAAUGGGAACACAAAAUAACUCGAAUUCUGCAGAGUUAGGGUUGGAUGGUUUUUUCAAGAAGGUUCAAUCCAUCGAAAAACAAUAUGAAAAGCUGAAUAAAUUACUCAGAAAACUACAAGAUGCUCAUGAGGAAUCCAAGGCUGUAACCAAAGUUGCUGCUAUGAAAGGUUGUUCCUAUUUCAUGGAGAAAGAUGUGGAUGAAGUUGGAAAGGUUGCCAGGUUUAUUAAAUUGAGGAACUUGACAAGGAGACAGAAGCCUGGAUGUGGAAAGGGAACUGGAGUUGACCGGUCAAGAACAACAACUACACUUUCUUUAAAGAAAAAGUUUAAAGACAAAAUGUCUGAAUUUCAGGCUCUAAGGGAAAGUAUUCAUCAAGAACAUCGUGAGGUGGUUGAGAGGCGUGUGUAUACAGUAACGGGAACCAGGGCCGAUGAAGAGACAAUCGAUCAACUCAUAGAGACAGGAGAUAGUGAACAGAUUUUUCAGAAAGCAAUUCGGGAAAAAGGGCGAGGACAGAUACUUGACACCCUUGCAGAGAUCCAAGAACGCCAUCAUGCAGUAAGAGAAGUAGAAAAGAAGCUUCUUGACUUGCAACAGGUGUCAGGUGCAGUAGACCAUGUGCAAGAUGGGAACAAAGCUCUUUACAAAGCCAAGAGUCUACAAAAGAAUUCAAGGAAGUGGAUGUGCAUUGCUAUUUUGAUUUUACUCAUUAUUGUUGCAGUAGUUGUAGUUGUUGUUGGUGUGCUCAAGCCAUGGAAAACUAACAAUGGUGCUUAGUUACAUACACCCAUUUAAGAGUUUGAGUUUGAGUGUGAGGUCUUAUUAUUAUUAUUAUUAUUAUUAUUUACCCUAUUCUUGUGUAAAUUGAGAGCAUUUUUAUUUUUUAUUUUUCAAAAUAUUGACUUGGUGUUGUCUUUAAAUGUGUUUGACUGUACUUGUUCAUUUGGAAUUCACAUUUUCU